AUGAAGUUCCAGGUCGUCGCCGCCCUCGUUACCCUUUUCCCGGCUCUUGGCUGGGCUUGCGCCGCAUACGACUUCUGUCUCUGUACCAACACAGACGGUAGCUUCAACGAAGCAGCUACUAAGGCGACUUGCGGUGACUAUGCUGGAAACCUGGACACCUUCAAUGAUGGCCGCCACUUCUGCGCCGCCAGAUCCUAUGCCGUCGGCGAGGCGGGACCUGUGGUCCUGGACUACAACAACUGCCGUUUCAGACAGCUGUGCCAGAAGCACGGUGCUACCGGUGACUCUGACUGCUGGUCGAAGGAGUGA